UAUCACUGACUGCUGCCGUCUCUCUCGCUGGAUGAAAACAUUAGCGCGUCAACACGCCAGGUUUAAACACAUUCAGCUUUAACCUCGCACCAUUAUGAUGAAAUCCGCUCGCCUUUCACCAUGUCGUCCGGUCGCAUUUCCUCCUUAAUAGGCUGGAGCGAACUACAAUGCUGAAGUCUGGACGGAGACGCAGCGAAUUCAGGGGAGAAUAUUGCCAACGUUAAUUUCUCGUGCCAUUGCCAUGUAUUUGAUACUUGACUCAGUUUUAGUGACGCUGGUCACGAUUUUAGCGGAUCGAAGAGCACUAGCGGUGCCGGCCCUGUCGUGCGUGAACUACGCCCGGCAUGGUGACUACAAUCUCGGCGGGAUGUUCUCCGUUCACCUGGACUCCCGCGCCCCUGAGGGAGAUCGCUGCAGUCCAAAGUUGUACUCGUUCAUCAUGUACGUUGUAGAGAGCAUGGUCUUUGCCGUGGAUGAAAUUAAUAACCGGACUGACAUCUUGCCGAAUGUCACGCUGGGAUUCGAUAUCAGGGACGAUUGUCUGUCGGAAGAUUUAGCCCUGUGGACGGCCAUGUCUCUUAUCCACGGUCAGGGUACUCCAUUAUACGACCAUCUCUGUCCCUCCAAGGAUACUGAUCAAAGUGGCGGGGUUAUUGGCAUCGUUGGGCCCGGGAGGAGCUCUAUGAGUCUCACCGCCGCCUCGGUGGCUGAUCUCUUCCAGAUUCCGAUGAUAUCCUACGCGGCCACUAGCGAUGAGCUAAGCGAUAAAGUCAAGUUCCCCUUCUUCCUCCGCUCGGUGGCCCCAGAUCGAUUCCAAGUGGACGCCAUCGUCGACAUACUGGACCAUUUCCAAUGGAACUACAUCAGUAUUUUGUAUUCCACCGACGAGUACGGCAUCAACGGAGCGAGACUCCUGCAACAAAAGGCAGAGGAGUACGGUAUCUGUGUCUGGUUAUCUGUUUCUAUCCGUGCCUCGCCCAGCGAAAGGGAGGUCUCCGAUGUCGUGCAAAGGCUCAAGCAGAACACCAAAUCGAAAGUCACGGUGAUGUUCGCGGUAUUUCAAGUAGCCAACGCUGUUCUGAGCGAGGCGAAAAGGUCGGGUUUGCCGAGUAACAUGACCUGGAUCGCCAGCGAUGCCUGGGGUCACCGAUUGGCUGAUUUUAAUAACGAAGAUAUUGCUGUGGGUGGAUUAUUUAUCGACAUGGAGAGCAACAGCGUGCCGAUAUUUGAGACACACUUCAGGACACUGACACCUAAUAAUAACCGUCAGAAUCCUUGGUUUAACACUUAUUGGGAGUAUCUUCUCAGUACGACCAACUGCUCUGGCGUAUCGGAUGACAAAGAGCAGACGGUUUGUAUCCUAGCACAUCACGAGGCAGGGUUCAGCAACAAGGCUAUUGCUGCAGUCCUGGAUGCUGUGUACGCCUUAGCCUAUGCUCUGGACUCCGUACUAAAAGAUUCUUGCUCCGGGACGAUAACUGUCGAUUGCAGACCUCGGUUUAACGGGACUGUUUACUUGGAUCACCUGAACGCCGUGAACUUUCAGGAGCACGGCGGGCGGUUUUUGUUCGAAGACAAGGGCGACCCGCCAGGCAAAUACGAGAUUAAGAAUCUGCAACCGAUCGAUGGAGAAUAUCGAAUGGUACCCGUUGGAAAGUGGGACGCCAUGAAAGCCACUGUACGGUUGACGAUAAACGAAUCACGAAUCUACUGGGCCGGCGGCCAGACCGUGAUACCGGAAUCGAUCUGCCGAGAAAAGUGUGGUCCCGGCUACGUGCCGGUGCCGCUAUCCGAAGCCUGCUGUUGGGGUUGCCACCGAUGCCCCUUGGACGCUAUCGUAGUGAACGGCACACAGUGCGAGAAGUGCCCCAAGCGCUUCUGGCCGGACGUUAACUACACCCGCUGUGAUGAUUACCCGGAGAUUCCUGUCAGCACCAACGAACCCGUGAUCCUUGUCGUCAUCUUACUCUCCGGAGUUGGGAUCAUCCUUACCAUCUUGACGGUGGUCGGGAUGCUGGCCAACUCGCGUCAUCCCCGCAUCAAAGCCAGCAGCCGGGAGCUGAGUUACGUCAAUCUAGCCGGUCUGGUUCUCGCCUAUAUGACCAUCUUCCCAUUGGUAAUCAGGCCUAGCAAUCCCUCUUGCUCUGUGGCCCAGACUGUUAUCUCCGUGUGCUUGACUCUAACGUUCGCGCCGACUCUGCUGAAAUGCAGUCGGAUCUUCAGGAUCUUUCGAGCAGGGAAGAGAUCAACACAGCGCCCUCGGUUUAUCAGUCCCAAGGAGCAGAUUAUCAUGGUAUCGAUUAUGGUCGGCCUUCAGCUCAUUAUCUCAUGCCUGUCAGCGGCUCUGCCGGAGGAUUUCUCAGGGGGAGUUGAUAUCUAUACCUACACCCCCUUCCUAGAUGGUUCAGGCUCCCUCUCCGAUGACAACGAGUCAGCCGAUAGCCACCCGAUUGUCUCCUUGACCCUUUACUGCAAAUUCGGCCUGGGGUUUCUCGUCUCGGCCGUCUACAAUCUCUUGAUUAUUAUCGGAUGUUGCUACUACGCCUUGCGAGCCCGUCACGUGCCAGACAACUACAACGAGUCCAAGUUCAUCGCGGUCAGCGUCUACUCCACGCUGGUACUGUGUCUAGCCGUCGUGCCGGUCUACCAAACCUCCGACGACAUCCACAUGAAGAUAGCCACGCUCAGCCUCGCUCUGGUCAUCAAUGCCUACGUCACGCUGGUCUGCCUGUACAUGCCCAAGUUUUACAUCAUCUACGUCAUUGAAAGGAGGUUGCAGGAGGCGGAAAGGAUGCGGUCUGGAAGUAGCUUUAAAGAUGGUAGAAGUAGCUUCAAAAGCAGUCUGCGCGACAGCAUGCGCACAAUGCACCAUCAGCCACCAGUCAAUACGACCGUCGAGCUGUUUCAUUCGAGGGGACAAGACCUGUAAUUUUCGUGUACUUUAUGUGACCAUUCUUUAUACAGGGUGAGUCAAAAAACGAAACCCAAAUGUCGGGACCAUUGU